AUGUCAUUUCAAGAUGUUUUGAAAAGAGGUGAUGAAUUCUUACAAGAAUACCCGAGAACUUCACCAUUAUGGAAUUAUGCCUCACAUGCGACUUGUUUAAUGAUGAUAACGGGGUCAAAAAUUAUAUUGAACACUUUAUAUAAACCGUUUAUUCAUAAUAUAGAAAAAUUAGAUAAUGCAUUGAUCAAAGCUAGAUCAGAAAAUAGAAGUUUAUUAACUGUAAUGAAUCAUAUGUCAGUUGUUGAUGAUCCUGCAUUUUAUGCUGCUUUACCAUGGAAAUAUCAUUUGGACAUAGAUACAAUUAGAUGGGGAUUUGGUGCACACAAUAUAUGUUUUUCAAAUAUUUUCCAAUCUUGGUUUUUCAAUUUAGGUAAAAUAUUAGGUACCAAAAGAUUUGGUGAAGGUCCUUUUCAAGGUUCUUUAGAUGCAGCUAUUAGAAUUUUAAGUCCUGAUGAUACAUUAGAUUUAGAAUAUGAACCAGGGGUAAAAGAUUAUGAUAAACCAAGCUUACUACAAGAAGUAAAUAAUAAUAUAAGGCCAGAGCAUCAAGAAUUAAUAAAGAGAUUUAAACCUACCAGUGAUUCAACAAAUGUUCUCAUGUCAAAAUCUCCAUUUAUACGAACUAAAACUUCAUGGUUUCAUGUAUUUCCAGAAGGAUUUGUUUUACAAUUACAAGAACCACAUCAAAAUUCCAUGAGAUACUUCAAAUGGGGAAUAUCAAGAUUAAUAUUAGAAAGUACAAGAGCACCUAUCAUUAUACCAAUUUUUACAUAUGGAUUUGAAAAAGUAGCACCGGAAGAUUCAGCAGAAGAAGGAAUAAAACGUUGGUUGCCUGCAAAUAUGGGUACAGAAAUACAUAUGACUAUAGGUGAUGCUAUCGAUGAUGAAAUUAUAGAAAAAUUUAGAUUUAAAUGGAGACAAUUGGUAGGUAAAUAUAUUGAUAAAUUGAAUCCAACUGAUUUAUCAGAAGAAUUGAAGACUGGCGAAUUAGCACAAACAUUAAGGAGCAAUUUAGCUAGCUAUAUAAGAGAACAAGUUUUAAAUAUUCGUGAUUCAAUAGGACAAUUUAAUCCAGAAGAUGUAAGAUUUAAAGAUCCAAAAUUUUGGAAAAUUUAUACAAAUACCGAAGGUUUAAGUGAACCAAAUUUAAAAUUCGUAGGUAAAAAUUGGGCAAUAAAGAGAUUACAAAAACAUUUACCUGAAUAUGAACCAGAUAAUGAAGAUAAAAAUUAG